AUGUGUGGCAAGUGGAUAUCCCCGGAUGCACCAAGCGCGAUUUUUCAAGUGCCAACUCCUGUUCCCAAAAUUGCAUCGCCGGCAUUCGACGAUGGCGACUACGACGUCUUUGAAGACUACUACCAGCACAAGUAUAUUGAGUAUUCAGUCGACGACCGCAAUGACGACGACGACGACAACUGCAGUUGGAGGAGUUACAUCAACUUUGGAUACGGCAGUAUCUACAACUACCACGGCUGCUGUGACUACUUCGCCAACUUCGGUAACGACAUCAACUACGUCAACGUCAAUCACAGACCCCAAUUUGACACUAUCAUUUACCGGGACGACCUCAACCGCUUCAUUCACGAGCACUGCCUUGACGACCACGAUGAUGAGUUUGAUGAGUAUUUUGGUGAUCUCGAUUUCGAGAGGGAUAUGGUAGUGAUUAUGCAGUUAAUGAUACCCAAGGAUGAUAUCUUCCGAGAAUAUAUCAGUUAUCGAGCGUAA